AUGAAUACAAUUUUAUCAAAAUUAUUUAUAUUAAUUAUAUUAUAUUACAUUUAUAAAUUAACUAUGUCAUCAUCAUCUAAUCCACAAGAUAAUAAAGUAGAUAUUGAAAGUUUUAAAAAUUUAAAUCCUGAUCAAAUUAUGGUUGAUGUAAACGGUAAAAAAGUUCCACUUUCAAGAAUUAAUAAACCUCAUGCUGUUAUACAUCCACAAGAUCAUCAACCACAACAACAAAACAAAGAUGCUUCUAAUUUUCCAAAAGUUGAAUCAGAUGCUAAAAAUAGAGAAGAUAUUAAAGAAUUUAAUCAACAUGUAUUGAAACCAGAUUCUAAUAAACCUAAAGUUGAUGCUAGUUCAUUUCCAAAAGCUGAUGAUGAUGAUGAUUUAAAAGAAAGAGCAAAAGAGUUAAAUGAGUAG